UUUUGUUGUUUAAAAUGGGACGGAAGAAACAAGGCAAGUUUGUGCGUCCUGACAACAAGGGAAAGGAUAAACGACACAAAGUGAAGGGGAAAACAUUAGAGGCUUUUACAGAAGAAAUGCACUCAGCAUUUGAAGCAAGUCUUCACAGGGAGGAGGAGGACGGUGCCGAGAUCCCCCAAGUGAAGCUCCCUUGUCCGCUUGCCAUGUGGGAGCUGGGCCAUUGCGACCCAAAACGGUGCACGGGCCGAAAACUGGUCCGAAAGGGCUUUGUACGCAACCUGCGCCUCAAUCAGAGGUUUAACGGGCUCAUUUUGAGUCCCAUGGGUACAAAAUAUGUCACGCCAGCUGACAGAGAGCUCGUGGCCCAGAACGGAAUGGCGGUGAUUGAUUGCUCCUGGGCCAAACUGGAGGAGACGCCGUUCAGCAAGAUGGUCGGAAGUCACCCGCGCCUGCUGCCUUACCUGGUAGCGGCAAAUCCCGUCAACUACGGCAAGCCCUGCAAAUUAUCUUGCGUUGAGGCUUUUGCCGCGACUUUUUGUAUUGUGGGUUUUGAGGAGCUGGCGGUGCUACUGUUGAAGAAAUUCAAGUGGGGGACCGGCUUCCUGGACCUCAACAAAGUGCUGCUGAAGCGCUACGCUUCCUGCCAGUCGGAGGAAGACCUGCUCGCUGUAGAAAAAGACUUUCUCACCGCUGAACCAGAGGAGGAGGAAAUUGAUCCCUUCGACGUCAACUCGGGAGUGGAAUGCAUGAAUCUCAACAGACGUCACUGGGAACCAGAUGAGGAGGAUACUAGUGAGGACGCUGACACAUCAGAGGAUGAUGACGAUGAUGAUGAUCAUAAUGAUGAAGCAGAUGAAAAAAAUGAGUCAGAAAAUGUUUCACAUAAAGACAAAGUUGGAGCAGCAAAGUCAUCACAAUAAAACUUUAAAUUGAUUAACGGAA